AUGUUUCCAAACCGUGCUAAAACUUUUUUUCAGCUUUAUGAUGAAAAGACAAGAAAAUACGAAGAAAAAUCAGCCACCCCCGAGCAGUAUCAGGCUCUUGGAAAAGCUUUCAAUCUUUAUAUUACCGAAGCAGAAACCACUCAAAAAUUAGGUAACAUUUUCGACAACCAAAUUAAAACUGAACAGGGUGAUAGUGUUAUCGGUAAAUAUGAAUUGUUGGGCCACGAGGAAAGAGAGAAGUUGGAAGAACAAGAACAGCAAGUAUCAAUAGCAUUGUUCUUGGUGCAAGAACAAGGCAAAAAAGCAUCAUUAGCAAAGCAAAGAGAGGAAAACCUUAAAUUUUACGGAAACCUCGGAAUAUUUUUACUGAUUAUUAACAUGUUUGUUCCCGAAGAAGAACAGAUUCUCACCAGCAAUGAUUUUUAUCUAGUCCCGACCGAGGAAAGAAACAAGCCCAGUGAGGAAAGGAAGGAAAUUAUUUUUGUUCCGGUCAAUGUCAAUAACUUUCACCACUCCUUGUUAGUCUAUAAAAAAAGCAACGAUACUUUUUAUCAUUAUGAUUCUUUGGGUGGAUAUAAUUUUAAGUUUAUUAAAGAUAAUAAUAUUAAUGAUGACGAAUUAAGAGAGGCAAAAUGUCCGCAGCAAAGCGGUGACGGUUGGGGAAGUUGUGGUAUUUAUCCGCCAGUUAUCAUUAGUAUUUUGUUGAAAAGGCAUGAAGAUAAUUUAUUAACAGACCAACUUGAAACGGAUGGUUUAAAAAGUAUAAAUAUGGUUACAGAAAGAACCCUAGCUAUUAUCAAGCCUGAUAUCAUUCAGAAGAGUUUAAUUGGAGAAAUUAUUAGCAUCUGGGAAGCAAAAGGGCUCCGAGUAAUAAAAAUGAAAAUGACCCAGUUGACUCCUCAACAAGCCGCAACUUUUUACGGGGAGCACCGCGAAAAGGUUUUUUUUCACGAGAUGGUAAAUUUUAUGUGUAGUGCUCCGGUGGUAAUUGUUUGCUUACAAGGAGAAAAUGCUAUCCGAAUUAACCGAGAAAUUAUGGGAGCGACUAAUCCAGCUCUGGCCCAGAAAGCCACGAUUAGGAAAAUUUUUGGAACGAGCAUUACGGCCAAUGCUGUUCACGGCUCCGAUAGACCUGUUUGGGUAGAAGGAAAAGAGUUGACAGAAUUUUUCCAAGAGAUAGUAAACGAAGCAAAGCGAGUUGGUGGAGCAUUUCCUGAUGCGAAUCAACUCGAAGUUUUUCUCGACUGGGCGAAGGCAAUGCAAGCAAAAGAAUUUUCUGAGAUAAGAGCCAAAAUUAUUCAGCAAGAGAGGGAGAUAGAAAUGAAUUGUCAACAUAUCGAAAGUAUGUUAACAAGAGAAGAAAAUUCAACAAUCGAGAAAGAAGAAAUUUCCGAGCCAACACCCCUUAAUCCUGGUUCGCCAAUCGGAGAAGAAGAGAAUUACGAAACUUCCCCCAACCCAGACGGGCCCGAGCCAACUGCCAACA